AACAUCCACACCUUCACUUGUAGGUUCAGCUUCCAGACACUGUCCUCCCUCAUAAUGAAACCAACUUCCAGUCCAGAUCAUGACCGACCUCAACGCCCAGACCGCAGCAGCCAAAUCAUGGCUCGAGAGCUUCCACCUCUUGAACGAUCAGCUCAACCCUGACAUCUCCAUUCCAGAGUUCUUCACACCCGACUGCGAGUUCCGAUUUCCAGGACAUCCUCUACUCAAAGGUCAAGAAGCGAUCAUCAACUUCUUCAAGCAACAAUCCACGGUUCUCGAGAGCAUGAAACACACCAUCGGCCAUAUUGACGUUCUGCCUGAUCGAAUUUACCAAGAGGCGAGUAUCGAGUACGUCCUCAAACCCGACCCGGAAAAGAAGGUCAUCAACAUAAAUGGCUUCGCCAUUUUUGGGAAACGGGUGGAUGAGGACAAGAUGCGAUCUUUCACCGUUUAUUUGGAUCCAAGCCCUUUGGCGGAGAGGUUGAGAGUUAUCAAUGCUGGUGUGGAGUGAAUGCUAUUGGUGCUAGGUAGCGCGGGCGUGCCUCAGGCUUGAUAGUCAUAGUGUAUGAUUUGAUUUAGUGGCUUCUUAGGUGAAGCAUGAGCCUUUGUGCCACUAUUAAGUUGUGAAUGCAACCAUUGAAUGAUAUCG